GCUCGGCCGCGGGUCGGAGCUUCCUCCCGGAGCCGGGAGCCGCCACACAGCCAGCCGCUCGGCCGCGCCGCCCAGCGCCGGGCCGUGGGCUCCAGCUCCGGGCUCGGGGCCGCGGGCCGUGGCUUCAGGAUGAGCGUGCCCGACUACAUGCAGUGCGCCGAGGACCACCAGACGCUGCUGGUGGUGGUGCAGCCGGUGGGCGUGGUCUCGGAGGAGAACUUCUUCCGCAUCUACCGCAGGGUCUGCUCCGUGAGCCAACUCAGCCUGCGGGACUCCCAGCGCGCGCUCUUCAUCCGCUACCGCCACCACUACCCGCCCGAGAACAACGAGUGGGGCGACUUCCAGACGCACCGCAAGGUGGUGGGGCUCAUCACCGUCACCGACUGCGCCUCGCCCGGGGACUGGCCGCACACCCUGGAGAAGUUCCAGGUGCAGAAGGAGCUGUACGGGGCCACUCUCUACGACUCCCGACUCUUCGUCUUCGGCCUGCGGGGGGACGUGGCCGAGCAGCCGCGCCCCGACGUGGCCUUCUACCCCAGCUACGAUGACUGCGCCUCGGUGGAGAAGCGCAUCGAGGACUUCAUCGAGUCUCUCUUCAUCGUGCUCGAAUCCAAGCGCCUGGACAGGGCCACCGACAAGUCUGGGGACAAGAUCCCCCUUCUCUGUGUCCCCUUUGAGAAGAAGGACUUCGUGGGCCUGGACACAGAUAGCAGACAUUAUAAGAAGCGGUGCCAGGGGCGCAUGCGCAAGCACGUGGGCGACCUGUGUCUCCAGGCCGGGAUGCUGCAGGACUCCCUGGUGCAUUACCACAUGGCCGUGGAACUUCUCCGCUCUGUGAACGACUUUCUGUGGCUGGGCGCUGCCUUGGAAGGGUUGUGUUCUGCCUCUGUCAUCUACCACUACCCUGGGGGAACUGGCGGGAAGAUGGGGGCUCCAAGGCUCCCUGGAAACUCACUUCCUUCGGAAGCAGCCAACAGACACCGGCCAGGGGCACAAGAAGUUCUCAUUGAUCCAGGUGCCCUCACUACCAAUGGCAUAAAUCCUGACACCAGUGCUGAGAUUGGACGUGCCAAGAACUGCCUCAGCCCAGAAGACAUAAUUGACAAGUACAAAGAAGCCAUUUCCUAUUACAGCAAGUAUAAGAAUGCUGGUGUCAUUGAGUUGGAGGCCUGUGUCAAGGCCGUGCGUGUCCUGGCAAUUCAGAAGCGCAGCAUGGAAGCUUCGGAGUUCCUGCAGAACGCGGUGUACAUCAACCUCCGGCAGCUCUCGGAAGAAGAAAAGAUCCAGCGCUACAGCAUCCUGUCGGAGCUCUAUGAGCUCAUUGGCUUCCACCGCAAGUCUGCCUUCUUCAAGCGGGUGGCUGCCAUGCAGUGUGUGGCCCCCAGCAUCGCGGAGCCCGGCUGGAGGGCCUGCUACAAACUCCUCCUUGAGACGCUGCCCGGCUACAGUCUGUCACUGGACCCAAAGGACUUCAACAAAGGAACACACAGAGGCUGGGCUGCCGUCCAGAUGCGACUGCUUCACGAGCUGGUCUAUGCCUCCCGAAGGAUGGGGGACCCUGCCCUGGCUGUGCGACACCUGUCCUUUCUUCUGCAGACUAUGCUGGACUUCCUGUCAGAUCAGGAAAAGAAAGAUGUGACUCAAAGCCUAGAGAACUACACUCCCAAGUGCCCCGGGACGAUGGAGCUCAUCACUCUCCCAGAUGGUUUCGUGCUACCCCCAGUGCCCUUCACCAAGCUGCCCAUUGUCAGGCAUGUGAAGCUACUGAGCCUGCCUGCCAGCCUCCGGCCACAGAAAAUGAAAAGCUUGCUUGGUCAGAAUGUGUCCACCAAGAGUCCCUUCAUCUACUCACCAAUCAUCGCCCACAACCGUGGAGAGGAACGUGACAAGAAAAUAGAUUUCCAGUGGGUUCAAGGAGAUGUGUGUGAAGUUCAGCUCAUGGUAUAUAACCCGAUGCCGUUUGAGCUCCGUGUGGAGAACAUGGGCCUUCUCACCAGUGGAGUGGAGUUUGAGUCUCUCCCUGCAGCACUUUCUCUCCCUGCAGAAUCUGGUCUGUACCCUGUGACCCUCGUUGGGGUUCCUCAGACGACGGGAACGAUUACUGUGAAUGGGUACCACACCACGGUCUUUGGUGUCUUCAGCGACUGUCUGCUGGAUAACCUCCCAGGGGUCAAAACCAGUGGCUCCUCUGUCGAGGUCAUCCCGGCUUUGCCGAGACUGCAGAUCAGCACGUCUCUGCCCAGAUCUGCACAUUCAUUGCAACCAUCUUCUGGUGAUGAAAUAUCUACUAAUGUUUCAGUCCAGCUUUAUAAUGGAGAGACCCAGCAACUCGUCAUUACCUUGGAAAAUAUUGGGAUGGAGCCAUUGGAGAAACUGGAAGUUACCUCAAAAAUACUCCCCACCAAGGAAAAGUUGUGUGGAGACUUCCUGAGCUGGAAGCUGGAGGAAACGCUGUCCCAGUUCCCUCUGCAGCCUGGGAAGGUGGCCACCUUCACCAUCAGCAUCAAAGCCAGAUUGGACUUCUCCUGCCAGGAGAACCUGCUCCAGGAUCUCAGCGAUGAUGGAAUCAGUGUGAGUGGCUUUCCUUUGUCCAGUCCUUUCCGUCAGGUCAUCCGGCCCAGAGUGGAGAGCAGACCUGCAAACCCCUCAGAGGGCAGCAAGGCAGGAGACCUCAGCCACCUAAAGACUCUGGAAGCUGUCCUGAAUUUCAAGUACUCUGGAGGACCCGGCCACGUCGAAGGUUAUUACAGGAACCUCUCCCUGGGUCUGCAUGUGGAAGUUGAGCCGUCUGUGUUUUUCACCCGGGUCAGCACGCUCCCUGCAACCAGUACCCGGAGGUGCCACCUGCUGCUGGACGUCCUCAACUCCACGGAGCACGAGCUGACAGUCAGUGCCAGAAACAGCGAGGAGCUCGUCCUGCAUGCCAGCGAGUGCCAGCGAAUGGCUAUUCAAGUGGAUAAGUUCAACUUUGAGAGUGUCGCUGAAUCCCCUGGAGAGAAAGGACAUUUUGCAAAUCCGAAGCAGCUGGAAGAGGAGAGGCAGGAAGCCCGCGGCCUAGAGAUCAAUAGCAAACUGGACAUUCGCUGGAGAAUCCCGUCCCUGAAGCGCAGCGGCGAGGCGAGUGUGGAGGGCCUCCUGAACCAGCUCGUCCUGGAGCACCUGCAGCUCGCCCCUCUGCAGUGGGACGUGCUGGUGGGUGGACAGCCGUGUGACUGCGAGGUGGCCGCGGCCUGCCCCGUGGGCGACCCCGUGAGCCUGGAGGUGCGGCUCACCAACAGGAGCCCGCGCCGCGUGGGGCCCUUCGCCCUCACCGUGGUCCCCUUCCAGGACCACCAGAACGGCGUGCACAACUACGACCUGCAGGACCUCAUCUCCUUCGUGGGCUCCAGCACCUUCUACCUGGACGCGGUGCAGCCCUCAGGCCAGUCAGCCUGCCUCGGGGCCCUCCUCUUUCUCUACCCGGGCGACUUCUUCCUCCACAUCCGCUUCCACGAGGACAGCAAGAGCAAGGAGCUGCCGCCCGCCUGGUUCUGCCUGCCCAGCGCGCACGUGCGGGCCCUGGAGGCGCGGGCCUGAGUCCUCGUAGCCCCCUCCAGCCCUGGGGCAGGAGCGUCCCACCGACCCCUCCGCCCAGGUCCCCUCCCGCCGCUGCACCCCGCCUGCUGUGGCCGACUCUCCAUGCGCCAGGUGCAGGCUCUUGUGUCCUGCCACCUGCUCCCGUGAGGCGGCCCCCGCCCUGGCUGCUUCCAGCCCCUCCAUGGUCUCCGCUGCCCCGCCGCCUCCUUUCAGCUGCUGGGAGACAUGGCAAGCCAGCCAAGCCGGCCUCGCCCGCCUCCCUGGGCCCAUCUCCUCCAGAGGACACGAGGCCGGGGCUCAGGCAAGGCAGGGAGCGGUGCGGGUGCCUGGCCGGGUUCUGAACGCCAGGCCCAUGUGUCCAUGCUGCUCAGUUCUUCAAUAAAG